AUGAUUCACUUAUUAGAUGAAGGAAAUACGGACAUCGUGCUGGGCACUUGGAGUUCUUUCGAGAGUCGACGUGAUUUUGAAUAUUGCAUGCAUAUCAAGGUUGAUGAGAUUGUGGGGGCUAUGCGCAAGAUGAACAGAGGUAGAGCGACCGGGCCAAAUGAGAUCCCAAUGGAAUUUUGGAAGACUGCAGACAAAGGAGGCUUGGAGUGGCUUACUAGGUUGUUUGAUGUCAUUUUUAAGACGAUGAAAAUGCCUGAAGAGUGGAGGCGGAGUACGAUGAUUUCGGUGUACAAGGAUAAGGGGGCAUACCCAAAAUUACAACAACUAUUGAACGUCAAGCUGCUAAGUCACACCAUGAAAGUUUGGGAGAGGGUGAUAGGAGUUAGGGUAAAGGGUAGUGUAUCUAUUUUCGAGAAUCCAUUCGGAUUCAUGCCAGGGCGAUCAACUACAGGAGUCAUUCACCUUAUCAAAAGACUAGUGAAACAAUAUAGGGAUAGGAAGGACUUGCACGUGGUGUUUAUUGACCUAGAGAAAGCUUAUGCCAAGGUUCCAAGGGAGGUUCUUUUGAGGUGUUUGCAGGUUAGAGGCCCGUAG